GAUGGGUGGGAUGUGUCGGCCGGUGACAGCCUCGCUCCGCCUGGUCCUAAAGCCCCGAGCUCCGCAGCGGUGGUACGGACAUCGCCGACAGAGAUCCCCAACACCGAGCCUUAAAACGCGGUCCCAUGACUCAGUGAGAAGGUUGUUUUAGUGAGAGCGGACUGGAGCACAAAGUUUAGCCCGGAGACGGUGGACCGGAGGCGGACAGAGCAGACGCAAUCUUCCGGAGAAGCAAAGGUGGAUCUAAACAGCUGGAUCUGAACCAAGACACCUGCUCUGGCUCAUAGGACUUUAUACAGCUUUGGAUUAACAGCACCACAGAUACGCUCUCUGUGCCAGACUUGGACGGAUCUCUGGGCAUAAGACACUAUUUCCUGUGGACAUGUCUCGCCUGCCCCUCUCCUUCCUCUUCCUCUCCGUCCUCCUCUUCCUCCUCCUUGAUGGGACCCUCACAGACAGUCUUCAGGAGGGCAUGAGGGACCUCCACUCACACUUCUCCCUGUCUCUGUACCAGUCUGUGAGCUCCGGCCUCAACCAGACCAACCUGAUCGUAUCCCCCCUGUCUGUGGCUCUGUCUCUGGGCCUGCUGCAGCUCGGGGCUCGGGGGAACACACUCGCUCAGCUGGAGGAGACGCUCGGGUACAAUGUACAAGAUCCUCAUGUCCGGGACUUCCUGCUGUUCUCUGGCUCCUCUCUGAACUCCUCUGAGGGGGUGAAGCUGCUGCAGACCUGCUCUCUCCUCGUCCACUCCUCGGUGCUCAUACAGAGAGACUUCCUCCACUCGGCAGCCUCCUGGUUCAACGUCAACGUGGUCCAAGCCAACCUCAACCAGAGCCCAAGGAGAGACAGACCGGAGCGCAGGCACGAUGAGCCAUGGCCGUUGUCUGGAGGCAGUAGCAGUGGAGAGCUCUCAGGCUCUGGGGACCCUCAGCCCUCUGACUCCCCCUGGUGGCCGUCGCGGGUACAGAUGGCGCUGGUGAACACUGUCAGCUUCAGAGGCACGUGGCAGAAACAGUUUGUCUUCACGCACACACAAAACCUCCCCUUUCUGCUCUCUGACGGCACCACCAUCAAAGUACCCAUGAUGCACCAGGCCUCCGAUGUCAGAUUUGGUCAGUUCCGGGCGGGCUCAGAACAGAGGUACACAGUCCUGGAGCUGCCGUACCUGGGCCAGUCCCUGAGCCUUCAGCUGGUGCUGCCCUCAGACCGUAGGAGCCCUCUGGGGCCUCUGGAGGAGCAGCUUGGGCCCCGGCACCUCUGGAGCUGGGAUGCAGGACUGAGGAGGACCAGGAUGGACAUCUUUAUACCCAGGUUUAAAAUGCAGAAUCGGUUCAACCUCAAGACAGUGUUACCUGUGAUGGGAAUCAGUGAUGCAUUCAACCCGUCAACAGCGGAUUUCUCCAGGAUCUCAGAGGAGGGCCUGUACGUGUCUGACGCUUUUCAUGACGUGAGGAUAGAAGUGACUGAAGAUGGGACCAAAGCCGCAGCAGCUACAGCGAUGGUGCUACUGAAGCGAUCACGAGCUCCAGUUUUCAAAGCGGACCGUCCAUUUUUGUUUCUACUAAGACACAGUAAAACAGGUUCAAUCCUGUUCAUGGGCCGAGUUAUGAACCCAGUCGACCAAUCAUCUUGAGUCUUUUUCCUCUAAGCCCCGCCCCCACAUUUUCAUGCUGGUAUUUAUUCUGACUCCAGGAAGAGGGACUUUAUUUUUGUACAGCUCUGUAAAUAAAAUUUUACUACAUGUUUUUACAAUA